AUGCCUCCAGAAUCGCCGGACGUCCCCAUCGAGUCCCAGCGUGACUCUGCUGCUCCUACUGCACCUAUUCAAAAGCAACCUGAUCAUGCCACCAGCAUGAGCGAACCCACGGCAAAGCAGCCCGAAGCCAUCGUGCCGACCAAAAGCGAAGCGACUACAGCAACGACCACUACCGAGGCGGAUGGGCAACCCCUUUACCACUUCCAGUCUGUAGCUCAGGAUGAAUUGAAGGAGGCUGUCUCGCGGGCAGAGGAUCCCGCCCCAGAGAAUGCAAAGGCCCUGUCGUCUGGAGACUUGGUUGGUCUCGAGACCAUAGCCGCAGAAGAGGCAGAAGAAAAGAAGCCCGAGCCGCCUGCCAAAGAUGAUCCGGCAGAUAAAGGGAAGGGCCGCGAGAUUGCCACUCAGCUGACAGAUGAGAGACUGGAGGAUUCAGUCGCCACGUUGAAGCCACGGAAGCCUCAGUACCUGACGAUCGAAACGCCUGCUUUUGUUGAUCCUACACCGCCAACUCCAUCCGCCUCACAACCGCCGUCCAGAUCAAGCUCGGCCAGAUCCAAGGGCCAUGGCCCCGAGCCGUCCCCAACUCGUUCCGACGUUGCCUAUGACGAUCGGAGAUAUGCCAGCGAGGAUGAGCAGGAGGGCAAUUCUAGGUCGGAGAUUCAGAGCAUCAUGGAGCAAUUCCCAGAGGAAGGAGGCGGUCCAGACGUGGAGGAAGUCAUGAGCCCACGACUAGAGAUUGCCUCCCCAUUCUUUGGAAAUCCUUCGCCACAACACCCGCCCCGAAAAUCAAGCCUGGAACCGCUCGGUUCUGGUUUCGUACAACAAAUCCAGGAGAUGCAAGGCUUGCGGAUCUCCACGUCUUCCCCAACCAGCAUGAAAUCGAAACCGAAAGAGCGCGACAGUGAUGAUCAGGGACCCCCCGUCCCACCCAAGGAUAGUGUGGACGAGACAGCUUCCGGCGAACCUCAGUCGCCUGCAGCAACUAUGCACAGGCCGCCACCUCCCGAGCCCGAACCCGAGCCUGCCCUUCCUUUUGAUUUCCACCGGUUUCUUGAACAACUGAAGAACAAGAAGGCUGACCCUGUCGCGAGAUAUUUAAAGUCCUUUUUGCAGGAGUUUGCCAAACGACAGUGGAUGGUCCAUGAGCAGGUCAAGAUCAUUAGCGAUUUCUUGGCCUUUAUUGCCAACAAGAUGGCUCAGUGUGAGGUUUGGAGAGAAGUAUCAGAUGCUGAGUUUGACAAUGCACGUGAGGGCAUGGAGAAGCUUGUAAUGAACAGACUAUACACUCAGACGUUCUCUCCAGCUAUACCACCACCACAGCCAAUCCCGGGUUCCAAGUCUAGAAGGCGUGGCGACAAGGUCAUGGGACCGGGUCGCAGAGGCCAGCACCAGGAAGACGUGGAACGCGACGAGAUUCUUACGCAAAAGAUUAAUAUUUAUGGCUGGGUACGAGAGGAACACCUCGAUAUCCCUCCCACGAGUGAUAGCGGCAAGCGUUUUCUUACACUUGCACAACAAGAACUCCUCAAGAUACGGUCUUACAGAGCACCUAGAGACAAGAUCAUUUGUGUUCUCAAUUGCUGCAAAGUCAUCUUUGGCCUACUCAAAAAUGCGAAAUCGGACUCUUCCGCCGAUUCCUUCAUGCCUCUAUUGAUUUAUGUCGUCCUUCAAAGCAACCCUGAUCAUCUCGUCUCUAAUGUGCAGUAUAUACUGCGGUUUAGAAACCAGGAAAAGCUGGGCGGCGAAGCUGGCUACUAUCUAUCAUCACUCAUGGGUGCUAUACAAUUCAUUGAAAACAUGGACCGUACUUCGCUCACAAUUACUGAUGAGGAUUUCGAGAAACAUGUAGAGAAUGCAGUAUCUGUCAUUGCCGAGAAACAUCGCCAUGCCGAAACAUCACCCCGGCAGGAGCAUUAUUCUGAAAAGACUGGCCUGCACUCUCCCGGUGAAUCAUCGUCAACUCGCCCAUCGCUGGAUGUGGACUCUACCGGCACACCACGUCGGUCGCUGUCUUCGGACCAGGGCGACGAGAAUGCUCCCAUAACUGGACUCCUUCGUUCCAUACAAAAACCUCUUUCUACUAUAGGACGCAUGUUCUCAGAUGAGCCGAGUAGCUCAGGACCAAGUCACUCGCCCGCACGAACACCACAGCCAGAUGGUACGCCGAGACUAUCGCCACGGCAUAGUUCAGAUGGUCGACCUUCGCGAGAAACCCGACAGCAGCUCUCGGCACAGGAGGCAGCCGCUAGGCAAGCAAGUGCUGAAGUUGCCGAAGCUCAACGACUUCAUAGAGCUGAGCACAAUAAUGUUGUGGAAACUCUAGCAGGCAUGUUCCCUGAUCUGGAUCGUGACAUCAUUAGUGAUGUGGUCUACCAGAAAGAGGGCAGAGUUGGUCAAGCUGUCGAUGCAUGUCUGGCCUUGAGUUCAUAA